UCAGGGUAUCCAUACGUCCACCUAAAAUAUACCAAGCUUGCUUCUUCUCUUCCGACCUCAACCCCCCGUGCACCCCGUAAACCCGACCUUUUGUCUAAUAUUUAAGCUUCUUCUACAUCAUGGCCUCGUUUAGCCCCACCCAGAUUGCCUUCGUCGGCGCCAUUGCCGUUGGCGACCUCGUCAAGAGCACACUUGGUCCCAAGGGCAUGGACAAGAUCCUCCAGUCUGCCUCGACCGGUGAGAUUCUAGUAACGAACGACGGUGCUACUAUCCUCAAGUCUAUCGCUCUCGACAACGCCGCCGCCAAGGUCCUCGUAAACAUCUCCAAGGUCCAGGACGACGAAGUCGGUGAUGGCACCACCUCUGUUGCCGUCCUUGCCGCCGAGCUCUUGCGCGAGGCCGAGAAGCUUGUCGACAAGAAGAUCCACCCCCAGACCAUCAUCGAGGGUUACCGGUUAGCUAGCCAGGCUGCGCUCAAGGCCCUCGAGGCUUCUGCCGUUGACCACAGCAGCAACCCCGAGGCGUUCAGGAAAGACCUUGUCGCCAUCGCGCGCACAACACUCAGCUCCAAGAUUCUUGCGCAAGACAGAGACCACUUCGCCGAGCUCGCGACCGAGGCCAUUUUGCGCCUGAAGGGUUCCGCCGACCUUAGUCACAUUCAGAUCAUCAAGAAGUCCGGCGGCAAGCUCAGCGAAUCAUACCUCGACGAUGGCUUCAUCCUCGACAAGAAGAUCGGUGUCAACCAGCCCAAGCGCCUUGAGAAGGCCAAGAUCCUCAUCGCCAACACAUCGAUGGAUACCGACAAGGUCAAGAUCUUUGGUGCGCGUGUCAAGGUCAGCUCUACCAGCAAGCUCGCUGAGCUCGAGAAGGCCGAGAAGGACAAGAUGAAGGCCAAGGUGGAGAAGAUCAAGGCGCACGGCAUCAACUGCUUUAUCAACAGGCAGCUGAUUUACAACUGGCCCGAGCAGCUGUUCACCGAUGCCGGCAUCAUGUCGAUUGAGCACGCCGAUUUCGACGGCAUUGAGCGCCUUGCCCUCGUCACCGGUGGUGAGAUCGCUUCUACCUUCGACCACCCGGAGCAGGUCAAGCUUGGAUACUGCGACGUCAUCGAGGAGGUUAUUAUUGGCGAGGAUACCCUUAUCAGAUUCUCUGGCACCGCUGCCGGCCAGGCCUGCACUGUCGUUCUCCGUGGUGCUACCGAUCAGUUGCUCGACGAAGCCGAGAGGUCUCUGCACGACGCUCUCGCCGUUCUUUCACAGACCGUUAAGGAGCCCAGGACAACAUUGGGUGGUGGAUGCGCCGAGAUGGUUAUGGCCAAGGCUGUUGAGGGUGCUGCUACUCGGGUUGAGGGCAAGAAGCAGACCGCCGUGUCUGCUUUCGCCACUGCGCUCAGGCAACUGCCUACCAUCCUGGCGGACAACGCUGGUCUUGACUCUGGAGACCUUGUUGCCCGGUUGCGCAAGGCUAUCUACGACGGUCUGAACACCUAUGGUUUGGAUCUCAUGACACCAGGAGGCGGUAUUACCGAUAUGAGGGACUUGGGUGUCAUUGAAAGUUACAAGCUCAAGAAGGCUGUCGUCUCUUCGGCCAGUGAAGCCGCUGAGUUGCUUCUGCGUGUGGACGACAUAAUAAGAGCGGCCCCCAGGAGGCGGGAGAGGCACUAAACUCGUGCGAUCUGAUGCGCGAGAGGAGUAGUUGGAGAGCAGACUAUGUAAAUGACCUUGAGCAUAGCAGUGCUGAAUGCUUGAUGACACGCCA